AUCCAAGAAAUCAAAAUCUUUAAAUGCACUGAACUCAUAUAUAAUGCGAGUUCAGUGUUUAAAUGAUUCAUUAUUAAUUUACAAACUCUUUUAGGACCCACUUAGUGACUUUUCCCCCAGGUUGGUAUCCCUUCACCGAUUCAAAAAUUGAAGUUUGAGGUUAAACAACAGUCGAAAAAAGCGUUAUUUUAGUGCAAAUUAAGUGAGAAUGAUCCACGAAACGCUCAUGUAUUUGUUAGACAACUCGGACACUUCGUUGUGCAAACUCGACGAACUCCAGGAGUUCCUCCACCCCGGCGAAAGCCAACUGUUGCAAACCAUCAUGGAAAUAUCCUCGAGUCACAACUGCAUCGUCUCAUUCUGUAAAAGGAUCCACGACACGCCCCACGGCCUCUACAUCGAGGCUUUCGCAAACGGGGUACUCGAGGUUCUGGGGGCUUACAGGGGCGAAAUCGCGCAACUGGAAGAGUCGUUCCUGCAAAACCCCCAACUGUCUUUGAUCUACAUUCGGAGCACUUUGGAAAAAUACAAGCUUUUGUUCGAUGUAAUUAUUUCAGUGAUUCGAGUCGUGGAGGGGGACAAGCUCCACGGGUGCCUCCUUAUGGGGCGCUUGCACAAAUACGCCUACUGCGGCGUGGAAUGCAUAACAGAAGCCGCGAAAAAGAUCACUUACUGUUUCAACAGCAUUUUUUACCGCCAUUUGUGUAAUUGGGUCAUUUAUGGGGAGUUGGUCGACCCCCACGGCGAGUUUUUCAUCAAGGAUGACCAAUGCUGGGACGAGGAUUUCCUCUACGCCGACCAAUCCGAAGUCUCGAAUCGCCCCCCUCCCGUGAGGAAAUUCACCAUAGUGUGGCCCAUGGUGCCCAUUUUCGUCACCGAAGACACCGCCGAGAGCAUACUUUUCAUGGGGCGCAUUGUGUGGAUCGUGAAAAACCACCAGAGGAAAACCGACCACCACCACAGCCCCCACAAACCCGACGUCUGGGAGGGGAAAGACGUCGAAUACUACAGGAAAAUCCAGAGUCUUGAACGACAAAUUUUCGACCAAAUGGAAUUCCAAAAUGUCAUUGAAGAGUGCAGAAUUAAAUUAAGCAAAUACUUGUGGUCGCUCAUGGUCGAUGAGGGCGACUUAAAAAACCAUUUGAGACUGAUUCGAGACUAUUAUGGUUUGGGGCGCGGCGAGCUUUUCCACCAAUUCAUCGAAACGGCGGAAAAUCAAACCAAUUCGCAGAAUUUGAACAUAAUUUUCCGGGAAACUGCCCGGAAAAUUUAUGGGGAAAAUGACAAAACUUAUCUCAGAUUUGAGCUAUCAAAGGAUAAAACAAGUGUGAAUCCGUGGUCGAAAUUACAACUCAAUUUUGAAAUUUCGUGGCCUCUUCAUAUUAUCUUCAAUCCGAAAUCGAUGGAACUUUACAAUCAAUUAUUCUGUUAUUUGUUGAGACUGAACAAAACGCAAAUUCAUUUACAUAAGUUGUGGCACUCGCACAUGUCUGGAAAGCAAGUCAUUGACCGUCGAGUGUGGACUUUACGCCAACAUUUAAUUUUCCUCGUCAAUAAUUUACAAUAUUACCUUCAAGUGGACAUAAUCGAGGCCCAAUUUUCGCUACUUUUAAAAGCCAUCGAAAACGCCAACGAAUUCGAGGACAUCAUCAAAGUCCAUCACAAAUUCAUCAGUAAUUUACUCGCAAAAACGUUCAUUUUGACCCCUGAUAAAAGUCACACUUAUCAAAACAAACAUCGGUUACACCAAAUUCCAGCCGUUCAAUUCAACGUCCCGACUGAAGUCUACAACGUAAUUAUCCGCUUGUUGGAAUUGUGCGAUAGUUUUUGCAUCGUUGCUGCUACCUGGCAACCGAAAUUAACCGAACCGGAAGUAACCGAAUUCCAGCAGUUCCAAAAACGCACUGAUACUAUAGUCGAUUCGCUUUUGUUUAUUCUAUCCCGGUUACAUGAACGAGCCAAUGGACGACAUUUAUUGCAAUUGUUACACCAACUCGAUUUUAACCGAUUUUUCAGUCGAAACAAACUGGAUUUUAAUCUAACGCAAGAAACGUAAUUUAUUUUUUCUUCAUUACUUUCAUAAACAACACCAUAUCUGGAACAAUACAUUAAUUAGGGGAAAUAAUUUCGUUGUUUUGGUAAUUUACUUAUAAAAACCACUGAGGACAAUAAUCCACAUCCAACAUUUCCAGGCCCCUUUCGAAUGCUCAGCUAGUUUAUUGGACUCAGAACUCAGUUUUGUAAAAAAAAAACUUUCUAAAAUACUUGAAAAAUGCAAAAACUAUUAUUUUUGACUUAAUUUGUUGUUUUUUAGUUUGGUUUAGCAAAAUCUUGCGAGAAAACCCAGAGAUUAGUGCAAAAAUAUGCUUGAAAUAUUUUCGACCAAAUUUUGUAGUUUUUCGGCUUAUUUUUGACUUAAUUUUUUUGACUUAAAUUAAAUCAAAAUAAACAAAAUAACAUUAAUUUCUA